UUUUAAAUCAGGUGGUAAAGAAAAAGCUGUAAAGGACUUUGCAGGGCGAACUGGCUGCACCUUGGGGCCGAUGUGGGGCACCAAGGGCUCGGGUCCCAUCCUUCUGUGCACCUUGGUGUGCGAGUUGGGUGCCAUGCAUGUGCAAAAGGUUGUAAUAGUUGUUGGAAAAAUGUGUGUGAAAUGUUGAUACGUCAUGAGUGUUGUGGUGUAGGAGCGCCAGGAUCCGGAGGAGGGACUCCCUGCGCCACAAGCCAGAGAGAGAUGGAGGCGCUCUUGUCCUGCAUAAUGUGUGUGCAUGGGUUUGAAAACACACAGGGGGUGAAGCUAUACCGGCACAUCAGUCCCGACCACCUGCUGCAAGUCUGCUCCAGAGUAUGUCCUCUGCUGGAGACCGAGGUCCCCGCCAGCGUGCCGGGACUCAACAGCCUGCUGGGGGCCGGCCGGCAGAAUCUCCUACGCACCAGCAAGAGCUGCAAGCAUGUUGUGUGGAAGGGAUCUGCGCUGGCUGCUCUGCACUGUGGAAGACCCCCGGAGCCACCUAUUAUCUAUGGGAGCCCACCUAAUAUUGUGGAGACAAACUUCAGCCGCAGACUGAAUGGCUCCUACCGGCUUAAGCAGCUGGUGCCCACGGUGGUGUACCUGCACAUGAAGAUGCACAAGAGGAUCCUGGGACAUCUGUCGUCCGUGUACUGCGUCACCUUCGAUAGGACGGGACGACGCAUCUUCACGGGCUCAGACGACUGCCUAGUGAAGAUCUGGGGAACAGAUGACGGGCGUCUGCUGGCGACGCUGCGUGGACACGCCGCUGAGAUCUCAGACAUGGCUGUGAGCUACGAGAACACCAUGAUCGCUGCCGGGUCAUGUGACAAGACCAUCAGGGUGUGGUGCUUACAGACCUGCGCCCCUCUGGCCGUCCUGGAGGGACAUGCAGCCUCCAUCACCUCUCUGCAGUUUUCCCCUCUCUGCUGCGGCUCAAAGCGCUACCUCUCCUCCACUGGAGCUGACGGCACCAUCUGCUUCUGGCAGUGGGAUGCACGCACGCUUAAGUUUGGUCAGAGGCCCAGUAAAUUCACGGAGCGUUCCAGGCCUGGCGUCCAGAUGAUCUGCUCCUCCUUCAGCGCCGGUGGGAUGUUCCUGGCCACUGGAAGCACGGAUCACAUCAUUAGAGUGUACUACUUUGGCUCAGGCCAACCAGAGAAGAUCUCUGAACUUGAGUCCCAUACAGACAAAGUCGACAGCAUCCAGUUCUCACAUUGCAGUGACAGGUUUGUGAGCGGCAGCAGGGACGGUACAGCGCGAAUCUGGCAGCUGCAGCCUCAGGGGUGGAGGAGCAUUCUGCUGGACAUGCAGACCAAAUUACCAGGGAAGUACAACCCUCCACCGCUGGAAGACAAAGUGACCAAGCUGAAGGUUACCAUGGUAGCAUGGGAUCGCCAUGAUGGCAGCGUGAUCACAGCGGCCAACAACCUGACGCUGAAGGUGUGGAACUCCACCACCGGGAACCUCGUACACGUACUCAUGGGUCAUGAGGAUGAGGUGUUUGUCCUGGAACCACACCCCUUUGAUCCCAGGAUCCUUUUCUCAGCGGGGCAUGAUGGGAACUGCAUCGUGUGGGACCUGGCCAGAGGAGUCAAGAUCCGCUCUUAUUUCAACAUGAUCGAGGGCCAAGGGCACGGAGCGCUGUUUGACUGCAAAUGUAGUCCAGAUGGGCAACAUUUCGCAGCCACAGACUCCCAUGGACACCUGCUCAUCUUUGGCUUCGGCUCCAGUAGCAGAUAUGACAAGAUUUCCGACCAGAUGUUCUUCCACACUGACUACCGACCGCUGAUCCGAGACGCCAACAAUUAUGUGCUGGACGAGCAGACCCAGCAGGCGCCGCACCUCAUGCCCCCGCCCUUCCUGGUGGAUGUGGACGGAAACCCCCACCCUCCCAGAUACCAGCGGCUGGUGCCCGGCAGGGAGGGCUGCAGGGACGAGCAUCUCAUCCCGCAGAUGGGGGUCACUUCCUCAGGCCUGAACCAAGUGGUGAGUGAGCAGGCGAUGGAAGGUCCCAGUCCUCUGGAUUCCAUGAUUCAGAGGCUGCAGCAGGAGCAGGACCAGAGACUGGGAGGCAAUGACACCUAUGCCUCCGGAAACACCAGGUCCAACAGAGGUUCUGUGGGCUCUCCCACAGAGGUGCAUUCCCCGCCCAACGUGGGUCUGCGCCGCAGCGGGCAGAUCGAGGGCGUGCGCCAGAUGCACAGCAACGCCCCUCGCAGCCAGAUGGCCACAGAGGGAGACCUGGUGGCCUGGAGCCGCAGGGUGCUGGUGCCCGAGCUGGAGAACGCCUCCGUCAGGAGACAGAUAACCUGGCGUGAGGCUAAAGGAGAGGAGGAGAUCAAUAUUUAUCAGUCAGAAAGGAGGAGACGCACCAUCCACUCCCUCCCCAAGGAGAGCCGGGUUCAUCCGACAUCAGAGGCAGUGGAUGAGGGGAGGAAGAGCCAGGGUAACCACGGCUACCACACGCGUGCCGCUAUGGAGGAGACGAGCCGCCAGAGCGCUGAGGCUGCAGAUGAGGAUGACAGCACCUCAGAGGGAGAGCUGCCGGAUGUUCGGCAAAUCAACGGGCAUUCCUCAGAUGAGGAGAAGGAGGAGCAGCAAAAAGAGCCCUGGCCGGAGGACCACAGUAGUUCAAGUGACUACUCCAGCGAUUACUCCGACUGGACAGCCGACGCAGGGAUCAACCUUGAGCCGCCCAAGAAGAGUGUGAGAGUGAAAAAGAAAAGCAGCAGCUCAGAGGAAGACGGAGAGAAGAAAAGGGAGGGGAAGAAGGAUAGAAAGAAGGACAAGGUCGACAAAGACGGCGCAGUACCAAAGAAGAAGCAGCCAAAGGAGAAGAGGAAGAGGUCUAGUCUCCAGGAGCAGGGGCUAACACUGGAGGAGUGGCUUCCCUCUGCCUGGAUCACGGACACGGUCCCCCGGAGAUGUCCUUACAUACCCCAGAUGGGCGACGAGUUAUACUACUUCAGACAGGGCCAUGAAGCCUACGUGGAGAUGGCCAGACAAAAAAAGAUUUACAGCAUCAACCCUAAGAAGCAGCCCUGGCAAAAGAUGGAGCUACGGGAGCAGGAGUUGGUGAAGAUAGUGGGCAUUAAGUAUGAGGUGGGUCUGCCCACUCUGUGCUGUCUGAAGCUCUCCUUCCUGGACCCCGACAGCGGCAGACUGACCGGAGGAUCCUUCUCUAUGAAAUACCACGACAUGCCUGAUGUCAUCGACUUCCUGAUUCUGCGACAACAGUUUGACAACGCCAGAAAGAGGCAGUGGAGUAUAGGGGACAGGUUUCGGUCGGUCAUUGACGAUGCCUGGUGGUUCGGGACUAUUGAGAGCCAGGAGCCCUUCCAGCCUCAGUAUCCUGACAGCCUGUUCCAGUGCUACAACGUCUGCUGGGAUAAUGGAGACACAGAGAAGAUGAGUCCGUGGGACAUGGAGCCCAUCCCUGAUGAUGCAACGUUCCCUGAAGAAUUGGGCAUGAGUGUCCCGCUGGUGGAACAGGAGCAGAAGGAACUGCUGUACGUCCCGAUGGACGGGGAGUGGGGCUGCCACAUACGUGCAGAGGAGUGUGAACGCAUCAUCAAAGCCAUUGACCAGCUCUGCACACUCGAUGUGGCAGCACCAUUCGCCUUCCCUGUGGACCUCCAAGCUUACCCUACCUACUGCACGGUGGUGGCCUACGUCACUGACCUCAGCACCAUACGGGAGAGGCUGGUGAACCGCUUCUACAGACGCCUGUCCUCCCUGAUGUGGGAGGUCCGUUACAUUGAACACAACGCUCAGGCGUUCAAUGAGCCCGGAGCGUUCAUCGUCACCACCGCCAAGUUUGUCUGUGACCUCAUACUACAGUUCAUUAAGGACCAAAGCCUGACAGACAUCAUGCCCCUCUAUAAAACUAUGAAGAAGGCCACCUUCUCUGACUCUGAGGAUGAGGAUGAUGAGGAGGAGGAUGAAGAUACGAAUACUCCUGGAACAUCCACACGAAACCACAAGGGCCGUCGACCCACGCAGCGGCAACUGCGAACGCGCCCCCCUUCAUACGACCCUCACGCGUGGAAGGGCCGCUGUAAGGAGCUGCUGGAUCUCAUCUUUCAGUGUGAAGACUCGGAGCCCUUUAGAGAACCUGUGGACCUACAGGAAUACCCCGACUACCUUCAAAUCGUUGACUCGCCAAUGGACUUCAGCACCGUCCUCAACACGCUCAAUGAAGGAAAGUACCAAUCUCCCAUUAAGCUCUGCAAAGACAUCCGGCUCAUUUUCAGCAAUUCCAAAGCUUACACGCCCAGUAAGAAGUCUCGGAUCUACAGCAUGAGUCUGAGGCUCUCUGCUCUUUUUGAGGAGCACGUCAGCUCCAUCCUGGCCGACUACAAGGCCAUCCACGGUCUGACAGAUAAGAUGACCAGGCAGAGCACAGACAGACAGACGCGACACACGACGGACAGACAGACACGGCACGCCAUGAAGCGGAGGAGGAGGAGGAGUGAAUCUCCAGCAAGCAGCACGGCAUCCAGUCCAGAGAGGAAGAGACGCGUAUCAUCCAGGGUGACCGCGAGAAAGGAGCCGUCGCCGCCUCCUUCAAGGCUCCCCUCUCUGAGACAGAUUGUCCCCGUCAAACAGCCCCCUCAGCUGGUCAACGGGAAGACAGACACUCCAGCUGCAGGACGAACACGGAGUGCGGCACGCCAUUCUACACACUCUCCACCCUCCUCAUCUUCUUCUCAUAACGCCAGUAGCAGCACACAGAGCAUAGCAGAGUCUACCCGCUCCUUGAGGGCUCACACUUCUGUGUCAGCAACGCAACCGGCUUCUGAGAAGGUGACGCCCUCUUCAGCAGCGGAGGAUAGCAGAGGGGGAAGCACCCGGAGGAAACUCAGGACUCCUGUACGACUUAAACCUGGCUCUCCUGCCAGCCCUCCGACCCAGAGCACAGUCCACCUGAAUGGCCACGGUAGUCAUGUGACCCUGGGAGUGGGGAGGAGGGGGCGCAGAUCCAGAGUUGAUCCACCAGUGAGUCCUCCGGAAGUUACGACUCCAGGGAGCCCUUCCAGACCACGGGGCCGCCCUCCCGGCAAGAAGAAAGGCAAGAAGAACAAGCAGGACCUGCAGGAGGGGGGGAGGAGAAGCAACCGCAGGAGCUCAACUCCUGAUGAUGAUCCCGACCAAUCAACGGGGGACGAAGGUGGGACGUCUUCAGCGCAGGAAACAGCCGUGCUGUCGGACUCUGGCAUGUCGUCAACGCCUAGGCGGCGCGGACGGCCCAGAGCGGUAAGAACUGAUGAAGCCCCGCCUCCUGGGGAGGUGCCUCCUGAGUCCCCUGAGCCCUCUGCGCUGAGGAGGAGCAGCAGGAGAGCCAACGAGGAGGUCACGCCUCCUCAGCAGGCGGCUACUCAGCGACCCAGUCGGAGAGAGUCUUCACAGGAAGAGGAAGGGGAUGAGGCGGGGGGGUCCAUGCGCACGCGUAACCAGGGGCGGCGGUCCGCCUGGUACGUGGAGGAGGACUCUGAGGAGGAGCAGAGGCAGCUGCUGUUUGAGGACUCGUCAAUCACAUUUGGCACCUCCUCAAAGGGGCGGGUCCGAAAGCUGACAGAGAAGGCCAAAGCCAAUCUCAUUGGCUGGUAACAGUGCAGACACACAGGAAGUGAAGAGGAAGCUUAAGGAGGAGGAAUCUGCCGUAGAUUUCCCGCAUCAGAGGAGGCUGAGUCGACGGGGGCCUUGAUUGGUGAAUGGAUCCAUAUGUCUGUGUGUCUGGGGAGCUGCUAGUCCAGCUGCUGCUAUUCACAACUGUGGCAAUGAUGACACACAACAGCACACUUAUCUGUCCACUCCUCCUAACUCUGGGCCCAGUAAGCACAUCGCUCCACUGAAACGAUGGCUUUCUGACAACGCAUGUUCAUCCUGUUCCAACUCCUCCGGCAUUAUUGGUCCAUGUUGGAUCCAACAGGAGCUCACUGACUCCCCUGCUGGUGGUCUCGUUCCUGUCCAGUAACCACUCUUCACCUCCGUCUGCCCUUAAACACUGUUGGUGUCAGACCGGGCAAAACAGUAGUGGAACGAUUUUAGUACUUGAAAAAAUCCAGAGGAGAGCUGGAUGUAUCUUUCUAUUUCCUGAGUGUCUCUGGUGGGAAGGUCAUAUGCCCACCGAGAGGAAAUCUGUUGUGGAUUACAGACCGCUGGCCCGACCACGUCUUUACCCCCCCUCUUCUUUGUUCUCGCUCUUUUUUUAUACGACCCCGUCCCUUUCUGCUUUUUCUAAGAUUUGUACGUGAUGAUCGGCUCUCUGUUUCGGAAGUCUUACACACCGGUGAGCGUGUCCGUCUGCGCUAAAAUACCAAAUGGUGUACCUCUGUUGGUACUGUAGAUCUGUAGGUUUUGUUUACUGUUUAUGGGUGUGCCUGUGUGUGUGGGGGUGUUCCUUUUUUUGCAUGUUAUGUAGAAAGAAAAAGCAUCUCUUUUUUUUCUAGAAGCUGUUUUACCGAGAGGAGGAGAAAAAGGACAGAAGGGGUCAUUUAUAUGUCUCGUAAGAUCAUGUUUUAAAGCGUCCUCAACAUUAGCAAUACCUUGUGCCUUUAUGUCUUUGGUGUGUGUGUGUGUGUGUGUGUGUGUGUGUGUGUGUGUGUGUGUGUGUGUGUGUGUGUGUGUGUGUGUGUGUGUGUGUGUGUGUGUGUGUGUGUGUGUGUGUGUGUGUGUGUGUGUGUGUGUGUGUGUGUGUGUGUGUGUGUGUGUGUGUGUGCGUGCACGAUUGGCCUCUGCCCUGCAAAGUACAUGUGCCUGUAUGUGUACGAACUAGUCAUGACUAUGCGUGUUUGUGAAUCGGAGUGUGUGUGUUUUUAUGACACAACUGAGCGCGUCAUUCACUUUCAGCGUGCAAACAGUGGCAUACAGUCUGAUCGUUGUGAAACCUCUCAAAGAAAUGUAUUUAUAGCAGUUAAAAAAAAUACUUUACUGUUGUUGUAAAACCAUUAUCCAUGUCAAUAUAUUAUCCUAUUACCCACAAGUUUAUACCGAAGGUACGGCCGGGGUGGGGCGUUGGGGGGACUUAGCUUUGAGAUGCACUUACCACAGAGCGGUUGUCAAUGCAGUCGACGGGAGGGAGUGACCCUGUGUAUUUUAAAAUAUUUACAUAUGGAACUUUUUAAUUGUUGAUAUGUCUUUAUGGUACCACACACAUGCGCACACACAUCCACACACAAUUCUGUCUCGCAUGUUCUAGCACUUUGUCAUGCCUGGAGCAAACAGGAUUGAGCCAGAUCUAACUGGAUUGGGAAAGCUGAGAGAAAGUCUUAUUUUCAUCUUUCUGAUUGUGUGCCUUCGCUACUCUGGCAUAUUAAAACUCGGUUUCUGCUUUCGGGGCCUUUUCUCUGUCUUUUAGUUUGACUUCCUGGUUCUGCUCGACUUCCUGCACCUGACAGGCUUGCAUAAUGAAAGAGAAAAGACUGGAGACAGAUUGAGUCGCUCAAUGGUCUGAAUUUGUGAAGAUGGCGGCCUCCAGUUCUGAUACCGCAGUACAGAAAGCUAAAAUCAGCCACUGGUGUUGUUGGUUUGGGGAGAACUGGACCGUACCAUCUAUAUACCCCUGGUUCAUUUCAUUACUCAUUUUGUCACAUAAUAUUGAACGUAUAUCUCAUCGGUUUAUCGUUGUUUUUUUGUUAUGGAUGCCAAAUUCUGUCUUUUUGGGCACUGAAGUUUUAGUACAUGGCUUUUGAAUGUGUUUUAUUUUCUGUCUUUCACAUAACGUGUGUUUUCUGUCUGUGUCAGGACAACCUUUCAGUGGAUAGAUCUGUUGAGUUAGAAUGGUUACGGUUGAAAAUACAAUUAACAAUUUUUCACUGAGUCUGGCUUAUAUUUACUUCACAAAAGAUUUGUUUAUAUUGUGUAUAAUGAAGAGUUUUAUUCCAGAUGGAGAAGCCUAAAACAUCUUUCUUAAAAAACAAUUAUCGGCAUGAGUAUAAAUACUAUAGUUGGGGGUUUGCAUUUAAGAUAGAAAGCUAAUGAUCUUUACCCAGGAAAAUAUAUAUUUUGUGUGGGCACAUAAAGGUUUUGGAUCUCAAUAUCAAUAUAAUCAUAUUAACAUAUAUACACAGAUUAUCAUGAGCAGAUUGUGGAAACAAUAUUUUAGACCCAGGCUUCUCAAACUUUAGGGAUGAGCUCAAACAUACACAAGCCAACUUAAAAAAACUUUUGAAUUGAAGUUGUUCAAUUUUUUGAAACCAUUACCAGCUUAUUUGCCCAUACUCAGCAGCCCAGUUGAAGGAGUACUUCACCCCCAAAAUGACUUUUUGUAUAUCCACCACUCACCCUGUGUUACCUUGCGUGUCUCCUUGGCAAACAAAAAAUCUGAUAUGGAGACAUUCCUCUGAAGUAAAUUGAGCUGGGUUGAACUAAAUUAAGUUAAAUUCAAUUAUCAGCUCACAAACUCUUAACACAAGUCUCAUUUAUCCAGUCUUAUGCUCACUACUACCCAAACACACAUAACUGGCCAGGCAGUGUAUUUGCUAGUUCACCAACACAUUGUACUUAAAAGGCUAAGGGGCGGGACAUCUAUAACUGGUUGACCAAUCACAACAGAGCUGGCCAGCUAACCAAGCAGAGCAGACCGGGCUCUGGUUUCGGACAGAGGGUGAAAAGAGCUGCUGCACAGACAGUAUGAGAAAAAUAAAUACCUUGUUGAAAAUGAAAGCAUGUAAACAUGUCACAGUAGAGGCACAACAUACAAUAUUGAAAGCUGAAAUUAGCAUAUUAGGGCCCCUUUAACUCAUCAGGACUUUUCUCCAUUCUUUGAUUAUUUCAUUCGCUCUGGAGUCAUUCAUGAAAAAAGUUUUAACUUGAUAGUUUAGGUAACACAGGGUUAGUAUUUUAUAAAUAAAUGGUCAAUUUGUGGGUGAACCUUUUUAGAAGGUGAUGCAUGGAGAUGUUGUGUUUCCCAUUAAAAUGAUUUUUGCUAUCGCCCCAUUUUCAUCAGAUCAUGCACAUUACCUGUAUUUAUGAAAUUUGUCAAAGUAAAAGCGCUGAUUCAUUACUGCUGAUUACCCUACCCCUGUUAGUAACAUAGUGUACAUCCUCUAAUCAUUUCAGAAAUGCCUUAAAAGCAAGUCACUGGUCGGUAAGCAUCAGUUGGUAUACUCAUUCCCACUUGGAUUAUAACUUAAAACACAACUUUUUGGAGGAAUUUUAAAUCAAUGACUCAGCAGUUUUAUCAGCCCUUUUACUCUAUGUGUACUGAAUUUUGGAGCUCAUGUACACACAUUUACCGUGGGGCUGUGCUAAUGAGUUGCACAGUUGUUCUGUUUGUGGCCUCUGAUUGGAUAAUAGUUUGGUCAAAGGUCACACAGGGUGUGCGAAGUGGCUGCAUGUGAACCAUGAGGAAGCUUUUUGGGAUGUUUUAUUAAGUUUUUAUGGGGAUGUGGGACAGGAAGGGGGAAAAGGGGGCAUCCGUUUCACGUGAACGGGUCAAAGAGGAUGUCUUUGUUAGUUUGGAUACUUUUAUAUAUAAAAGGAAUUAAUGCAACAAAAAAAGAAGCAUUUAAAGCUAGAAUGUAUGUGUAGGGAAGUACUGCUGUCCUGUUAGUUCAUACCAAUAUUUUAAGUAAAUAAACAGUUGUGUUUCCAUAUACGCUUUUCCUCCCUUUUGUUGAUUGUCUUAUUUAUACCCCUGACAGAUUUUAUUAUUCAACCAAAAGUCAUAUUGUUCUCCACAAUAAGGCUUCAAGUUUAUUGGGUAUUUUUCAAAAUAAAAGCAUUUGUGGGGUUC